CGCUCUGCUCGCGUUCAGGCGCUGUCUAACACUACAGUCACGCUGACUUCUCAGCUCAAAGUAACCAAGAGAAAGCCAAGUGCUGCAGAAUCUAAACCGUCAAAAUCUACCAAAGAACCACUUUCGACGUCAAACGGAGAACUAGAGGCUACAUCAAGAGACGCUUCUUCUAGCAAAGAAGCGCCUCGCAAACGUCGGAAGAUCAAUAACGCAUCGCCAGCAAAGCCAACAUCUGCAGCUAUUAGCCUGCCAGUGACAACAGCUUCUGUACCAAGCGAUAGUCUCAACGUAAAUGGGAACGAACCAUCGCAAGAUCCAAUCCCCAGGCCCGCAGAACCUCACAUCACAAACGCACCCGUCAAAUCACCAACCUCCAACAAAACAAUAACUGCAUACUCAACCUGGAGCAGCGAUACUGUUGGGCCUGCCCUCAGCACCACAAAUUCACUUCUAGAUACUGCGCUCGCACACCUCAAAGCCAACGACUCCAACGGACGCCUAGCACCCUUCCUAGCAAAAUUCCACUGCAAAGUCUUUGACGCAGAAGGCUUAGCUCAACCAAUCAACCCUUUCCGCUCUUUGGCUUCUGGUAUUAUUGCUCAACAAGUUUCUGGCGCUGCUGCCUCCAGCAUCAAGAACAAGUUCAUCAACCUGUUUGCCGCAGACGCUGCAUACGAGUAUCCAGGACCGCCUGAAUUUCCUCCUCCGCAGAUGGUCAAGGAUAUGCCCAUCCCAACGCUCAGGACGGCGGGAUUAAGUCAGAGAAAGGCAGAGUAUAUCCAAGGACUUGCCGAGCAGUUUUCCAACGGCACGUUGACUGCGGAAAUGCUGACCACAGCCACCGACGCCCAAGUCAUGGAAAAACUGAUUGCAGUGCGUGGGCUGGGCAAAUGGUCGGUGGAAAUGUUUGCUUGCUUUGAUCUGAAACGCAUGAACGUGUUCUCAACCGGUGAUCUGGGUGUUCAAGACGUCAACAAACUCAAAGCCAAAGGAGGAGGAAAGUGGAAGUACAUGGGCAGCGAACAGGCCAUGUUGGAUGCAGCUGCAAAGUUCUCGCCGUAUCGAAGUCUAUUUAUGUGGUACAUGUGGCGGCUCAGCGAUGUGGAUCUCUCUGCCUUGCAGGACGAUACAGUGAUUGAGGAGACU